AUGAAGAAGACUGAGAUAACCUCGACCUCACCUACGACCCGUUUUCAGAGUCAGUCAGCUGUGAAACAGUCCUUUGAAAGACGUGACGUCAAGAAGUUUUCAAAGGAGGUUUAUUCGACGUUGUCUUCCGAAUCGUUCAGCUUCAAAAGCAUGAAUACCCAGUACAGUUCAGUAUAUGAGCGUUCCUUCACAACAAAGUCAAUCGGAGGAGGGGAGACCCGGAGGUAUCUCGAAUCUCACACGAAGACUUUCGAUCGUAGUGACGAGCAACCGCUUGUGGCUGUUGUGAAAGAUAAAUCUCAAGUAAACGUGCCAGAAUGGAUGGAGGAACAGAACUCUCCGGAACUAAAGCGACGAGGCGUUAACUCUUUAAACAUCGAUAUUUUCUUGACGUAUCCGAGCAAUAGUACCGAGCGAAAGAAUGGCCACGAAGACACAGCAAGAGAAAGCAUGAUCCGUCCUGAAGUCGCCAAACGAGACGAGCAGUUUAUUCCAGUGUUUCCAGUUGAAGAAGACUACGAAGAGGAUGAAGACGAUGAAUUUGAAGAAGAGAUUGUAGUGGUAGAUGUUGUAAGGCAUCCCCUUUGGCGAAAAGGAUUGCAAAUUCCGAAACCACAGCCAAAAAAGGCCGGAAAACCUAUUACAGACCUCCUUGAGGUUCCCACACUUCAACCGAAGCAAAAAUCUACCUCCGAGGAUUUAUUGGUUGAUGAGAAAGUGGAGUCAGUGGAACGGCCUCCUAUGGUUUUUGCGGAACCAGACUUUAGUACAUUUUAA